AUGUCGAGUAUGGAGGAAGUAGCACCAUCUUCUGAUUUUGAAGAUGAACAAAUUUCAUAUAAUUCCAAGUCUGGUGAUGUGUAUUUGGCAUUCGUUGACGCACCAGUCAAAGAAAGUGACGAAAUUACCAUAGAAGAUACAUUUAUUGGAGGUGAACCGGUGUGGCUGCAUCCAGAUUCUGUUCCUCAAAAAGAUAUGCUAAGAUGUGGAGCUUGUAAGAAAUCCGAUGAGAUGAAAUUACUUUUACAAGCAUUUUCACCAUUGGACACUGAACAAAUGGAAAAAAUUCAAAGUGCUCAUGGCAUGAAUAACCUCAAGCAUAUUAACCCAAACGAUGACAGAGUAUUAUACGUUUUUGCAUGUACCAACUGUCAAAGAAAGGGGAACAGUAUUCGUUGUAUCAGAGGUGUUAAACAAAACAAGAAUGAGUCUUCGUUAAACUAUAAAAUAAAAAAUGAAUCAAAUGAAAGCAAAAACUUUCAGAUUAAUCCAUUUGAUUUGGCCAAGACUGAUAGUGUAAAUCCCUUUGGUGGUGACAACCCAUUUGGAGCAAAUUCUUUUGGAACAAAUCCAUUUGCCUCCAGUGCAAAAACAGAAACCGAUAAUUCUAAACCAGUAAAUGACAAUACUAAUGAGCUGUCAGUUAAAGCAGCCAGAAAGUUGCAUGAUUUGAAAGCCGAUAAGAGGUUUGACUCUAAGAAGGCGUUUAAAAACUACUUAUUGUAUGUAGAAGUGGAGUCUUUUAAGAACAAACCAGAUCAUUUGAAGCUACCCAAGAAUCUCAAAAUUGAUAGAGAAGCUUUAGAUUUGGAUAAUUCAGAUGAUAUUGAAAGUGAUCUAAUGAAGGAUCCAAUCAAAGUGGAUCCUAGAACAGAAAAGCUUUCAAAGUUUUUAGAUGAUGAUGUUUUCCAGAAAUUUCAAGAGAUCGCUGCCUAUAAUCCUCUGCAAGUUCUACGUUAUGAUAUUGGUGGUAAGCCUCUAUAUUAUGCAGAACCAAAGAACAAAAUAAAUCUCGAAGAAAUUGUAGCAAGACCGGGCUUCAACCCCUUUAGUAAGAGGAUUUUUGAAAUGCAAUUGAUGCCAAAGAUGAUUUUGGAUUUGGAAGGUUCAGUCAGUAUUGAACAGGGGAUGGAAUGGGGAACCAUUCUCGUUUUCACUGAUAUUGAAAAUUUCACUCCAAGCUUUGAUGAGCAUGGUGUGGGUUAUGUAGAGGAAUGCGUAAAAGUGCAAUGGGAGUGA